AUGGCCGAGGAGGAUGAAGAGCUCGACCUGUACAAUGAGAUGACUUUUGGUUUAGACCGAGACUCCACUGAGGAAGAUGCUGCAAAAACUCUGAUGCCUCCAGAAGUAAGCUCUGAGCUGGCUGAAGUGGUGUCAGAGCAGACCAAGGCUGAGGAAGAACUGGGGCCUGGAGCAGCUGAGCAUCUGGAAGAGCUGGAAGAACCCCAGGAAGAAAGUGUGAUGGAGCUGGAGGUUGAGCAGGUUGGCUCAGAGCUGGAGGAAGAGGAGGAGCUGGGAACUGAAGAACACGAGGAAGACCAAGUGCCCUGUGAUGAGCUCUAUGACCUGGGAGACCCUGCAGUGAUGAGAGUCGUGCAGAGCAAACCCACGCUAGAGAGCCAGGACUCGGCAGUGCUGGACAGCAAGAUUGAUGCUUGCUGGGCAGAAUUCAGCAAAGAGGACAUGCUGGCGAUGGAUCCCACAGUGUGGGGCUCCUGCCCUGGCAGCAUCCCACCCCACCACAUGCUGGAGGAUAAAGCUAUCCUCCAGGUCCUGGAGAGGCCCCCACCAUCCACCAACGUGGCCCUUGACUUCCUUGGCUCCCCUGUGCAGAGGGGAUAUGGGGGCUCUCCCCGACUCAAGCGUCCCGACUUGCGACUGAUGUCUCCCAAGUCCUUUCCCCAGCGUUUUCUCCGUCAGACCACAGGGUAUGCAUCUCCAACCCCUUUCCAGUCUGUGUCCCCCAACAUCAGCAGCCCGACACAGCCUCUUGCCAUGCACUUCGGCCCCGUGUCUCCGUCUUUGGAUGCCGCUCUCUUCUUCAGUCCAUCAGCCAGUGGCCAGCUGAACCUCAGCACACCCAGCCAUAUGACCCAGCUGCACCCCCAGCACCAGCGGAUCCUGACCCAGCGGCAGCAGCAAGGCGGGCAAGCACAGAGCAUCUCCCCCAAGAAGCUGUGGUCUCCUAAAGUGGACCCUUAUUGUGGGCUGAUGACCUCCAAGGAGAAGGACUGGGUCAUCAAGGUGGAGAUGAUCCAGCUGCAGAGUGAGAACAUGGAUGAUGACUAUUACUACCAGACGUACUACCACCGGCUGGAGCGCAAGCAGGUAGAGGAGGAGCUGCUUGGCGGGCGCAACAAGCAGGAGCCCCCCAAGCUGGUCACACCGUUCAUCCAGAAAGUGGAGAUGUACAACUCCGUGGUGCGCAUCGCGGGCUCGCUGGGCCAGGUCGCGGUGUCCACUUGCUACAGCCCUCGCCGGGCCAUCGAUGCUGUGCACCAUGCACUUGUGGAGGAGGCUGCAGGGAACCACCGGCUUCGGGCGCUGCACAGGAUCGAGAAGCUGUUCCUGCCAUUGCUGGAAGUGGAAGAGAUGCAGCAGAAGAUGUCCCUGGCCCAAGAGGAGCAGCAGCCUUGCUCUCAGAAGCAGAAGAGCCAAGAAGUAGAGUGUAUCUAUCAAGCCUUGAAAAUCAGAGCUUGCAGCAGUGAAGAGGAGGCAGAGGAUGAAUUCCUGCAACUCCUGUGUGUGCGGAAGGGGAAGAAGUUCAUGGCCCGGCUGCUGCCGCACCUGACCCGGGAGCAAGCAGAGAAGAUCCUGCUGACCAUCACCCACCACCUGCCCUUCCUCAUGAAGAAGGAUGUGUUGGAUGAGUCUCUCCCACUGCUCUACAGCCCUCUGAAUGAGGUGGUGGGCAGGAUGACCUUCAGCAAACUCAUUGAAGUCCUGCAGGAGAUGACCAGGCCUCUGCCCGAGUCUCCUGAGCUCCCCCUCGCUAUGGCCUUGAAGAACCAGUUUGGGAUCUCCUUGCUCUACUCCCUGCUCAGCCACGGCGAGAGGCUGCUGUCCUCCGACACGCUGCUGGAGGCACGCGGCGAGGACUUCAAGACAUGGACGGACACAGUGUUCCUGGUUGCCCGGGAGCUAUCGCAAGUGCCCAAGGCCUCUCUGGUGGAGCCUCUCUUCUUGCCUAGCAACCUUCUCUCGCUCUUCUGCCGCUACCUGGACAAGCAGACCGUCCACCACCUGGAAGCCAAGAUGGAGUGCUCUCCGCUGCCGUCGGAGGCUGCCAUGCUGUGCUGA